UUUUAUCUUUUUUGUCAAGUAAUUGGACCCUUUUUCUUGUUCCUUUUAUCUUUGGUUAAUGGUUGGUGUCAAAACAGGUAACGUACUUUUGCAGAGAAAGAAGAGACCAAACCAUGAGUCGCAGGAAUGGAAGCAGUCCAAAGCUUGACUUGAAGCUGAACCUAUCUCCACCAAGGGUUGAUCGGAGACUAGAGUCUCCGACCCGAUCGGCGACGGUGUCACCGACAUCGCCGCCGAGCUCUUGUGUGUCAACUGAGCUCAACCAAGAAGAAGAUGAUGACAACAACAACAACAAUAACCUGAGAUACUCUAACAGCCCUGAAGCCACUUCCAUGGUGUUAGUAGGGUGUCCUCGUUGUCUUAUGUAUGUGAUGCUUUCUGAGGAUGAUCCAAAGUGCCCCAAAUGCAAAAGCACCGUUUUGCUUGAUUUUCUUCAUGACAACAAUAACCCCACCACAAGGAAGAGUUAAAGAGUAAUUGGGUUACCCCUGUUGCAAGUUCAGCAUUCUCUGCUGCUACUAGCACAUGUUAGCUUUUAACCUAGGAAUUCCUUUUGAAUAUCUUUCUUUUCAUUUUGUUGUUUUCUUUUGCUACCCUUUUCUAUGAAUAGUGCUAUGUGCGCUCCACUUCUUACCUUUCUUUCCUCAACUUAGUGAGGAAAUCACAAUUUUCAUAUAUAUUUUUGGUCAAAGCAAGGGAUAUGAAGCAGGGAGUGAGAGAUAGAGUGGAGCGUGAAUAGCACUGUUCUUGUUAUAUAUAGAAAGAAAUUUACUGAGGAAUUUGAGAAUGCUAGGGGAUGUAUGUGACUCUACCUGGGAGAUGAGACUGGUUUAAAAGUUUUCUGCUUUUUUGGCAGCAACAAUGUAAUAGGACUUAAACCUCAGGUACCCUUGUGGUUUGGUUAUUGAAAUUUUAGCUGAAAUCAACCUAGUUUUUCU